UAUAAAAUAAAAAUAGUACAUAGUGCACAUUAGACGCAAAAACUAGCAAGUAGCGAAGUCGGACAUAUUUUGGAAUGAUAUUCAAAAUUAUAGUGCUCUUUUCAUUACUAAAUAUUGUAUAUUCAAUAUCAAACCACCCAAUAUUAAUAGUCGUAUCCUACGAUGCAUUCAGGUAUAAUUUUUUCGAUACAAAAUUGGUUCCUAAUAUGGAAAGACUUAAAAAAGCUGGUACUUACGCAGAUUAUUUGAUUAACGUUUUUCCUACAAAAACAUUUCCUAACCAUCAUUCGAUUGCCACGGGUUUAUAUGCUGAAGUGCAUGGUGUUGUAGGCAAUUCAUAUUUUGACCAGAAGAAACAUAUUAAACAAAAAAUGGGAUUUGAUAUGUUCCACUAUAAUGAAGAUAUUAUUCCAAUUUGGAGAUGGAAUGAAGACCAGGGGGACGAUAGGUACUCUGGUAGUAUGAUGUGGCCAGGUGCAAUUUAUCCUUAUCAGGGAAAAAAUGUAACAUAUAGGCAAGAAUUUGACCCAGAAAUGGAUUGGAACAAGAGGGUAGAUACAAUCAUCUCCUGGCUGACUGACCCCAACAAACCAGCAAAUCUAGUCAUGUUUUACAUAGAAGAACCCGAUACUCACGCCCAUGCUUUUGGGCCAAAUUCAGAAAAAAUAAGAGAGCUUCUACAAAAACUUGACAAUAUUACAGCGUACUUAGAAGAACAACUCGAAAAACACAAUUUAGCAGAUAAGACAAAUGUAAUUCAAUUAAGCGAUCACGGUUUGGUCGCUGUCAAACCGCCAAAUUUUAUUAACACCACUCAGUACAUGACAAACGGAACGUAUAAUAAGGCGGGCUCGACCCCUUGCUUUCAAAUUUACCCUAAAGAAGGUUAUGAACAAACGAUAUACGACUCUCUAAAAGCGGGAUCCAUCAAAAACGGACACUUUAAGGUUUACCAGAAAAAGAACUACCCGAAAAAUUGGUACUACAAGAAAAAUCCUAGAUCUCCGCCAAUAUUAAUAAUGGCCGAUGUAGGUUACGGCUUAGAUGAUCUCAUCAUUAAUGCUCCAUGGUAUGCCAAACAUUAUAAAUUUAACCUAACAGACGAUUCUGAAUUCGGCGUUCACGGUUACGAUUACAACGUUAGCGACAUGCAUCCCUUUUUCAUGGCUAGAGGACCGAAGAUCAAAAAGCAACACAAAGUGGCGCCUUUCCAUACCGUGGAUCUCUACAAUCUCUUUACGGAAAUUUUAGAAUUGCCACAGGUACCAAAUAACGGUUCCAUGGGUAAUAUCGUCGACAUUCUGAGCGACAAACCGGGAAGGUACAGCAUCGGUUCGAUUUUGAUCGUUACUGUAGGUGGAGUGCUGAUAGCACUCUUGUUGAUAAGCGUGGCCGCGGCCGUCGCUCUCAUAAUUAUUAAAAGACAACAAACCAUCACGACCGCAGCCGCACUUAACAAACGUUUCCCGCAAACGUUCCACAAUAACAUCAUCGAGGCGCAACAUCUUCUCGAACCCGAAGAUGCUUAACUUUAGGAUACGUGUGUACAUAUUAAAUUAAUGCGGGUGCUGUGAAUGCUGGGAUAUAAAAUGACCGCUUGGGCGAAAAAUAACAAAACAUUAUUUAUUUAUGUUAUUUAGUUUCUAACAUUAACCUAAUAGCUUUUGUUUAACUACCGAACAGGAGUAUACAACAUAUUUUUUCUACAAUCACUAUUAUUAUAAAUACUGUAUUAUUGUACAAUUGACUUUGUUGAUAUUCGAGAGUAAUACCAAAAGUGAGGUCUUCUAUUUUAUUAUAGAUACAAAAAUCCGUUUAUUUUCUAUAAUAUUUACAUCAUUCUAAGGUUUUAACAUGUGUCUAUUUUUCUACUUAAUCGCCACUUUGAUCGAUGUAUAUUUGUAGACGCUGCUGUGGCAGUUUUUGUUUGCGUUAAACCCAAUCUUUCACCUCAUCAUCGAAGCUGAAUCGCCUUCCAAAGAAGAGGCAUAUUUAGCAAGGGUGUAAGCAUUACUCCACUACUAAUUUGUUAUUAAGAUUAAAACACCAGUUUGUUUAAACCUAUUCGAAUUCACAAAGGUUUUGACAGCUCUUUAACAACUAUGACAUGGCUUCUGAAAGCGGGAGAAGUGAUGUCACUUUUUUAAUGACACUGCUCAUUUUUAACACCAAGAAGUUUUAUUUUUUAUUUUAAUAUUUAUUUCUCAAGGGUUUUGUUUACAUUUAAUAGGACAUUUUAUUUUCGUAUUACCCUGCCCUGAUUACAAUAAGUAACUGAGCUAGCUAAGUUCCUGUGUUUUUGGCACGUGGAACCUGUGUGGCAGGUUCUGUCCCCAAUUAUAAUCACUAAUUUUACUUUUUCCAACUUUAUUUUGGAGCAAGUCCGAGAUAAAGUGGGAAAUACUCGUAUUAAGGGAAACCCAAUGAAGUGCAGAGGGGUAGAAUGAUAACUAUCAAUGAAAAAGUAUAGAUAUGCUCAAUUUUGUUUUGCACAUUUUGUAAACAAGAUUUGGGGACAGUUUAAGAAUAUUUUGUGCAAGAAUUAUGAAAUAGUGCGUUGAAAAAAAAUUACAAGUAUAAUUUAAUACUAAAUCGAAAUCAAAGCACAAAAAAUAACAAAUAUAAGCAAGCGAAUAAAGAACCGACGCCAAAAAAAGCUUACAACAGCUACAACAGCUACAACACGAACAUAAUGGCUGAACAAGGCCAAGCCUGGAAUUUGUUUACUAUGCUUUAGAGCAUUUACGUAUGUAAGAGUGUAAGGUUGAAUCAUGCACAAGUUCAAAACUCGUCAUGUAUGCGCAGACGGUACCUUAUCAUUCUAUUUCUUUGGAAAAAACACCAAAACCUAAAGCACGAUUCUGUAUAUGUUGGUUCUCAUGGUAAUACUAAUUUUUGGGUUGUUUGGGUGUGCGAGUUCUAUCUGAUCGAUAAGGGGCUGACUCCAGUAGGUCCUGGAGAACUUCAUAGAGUGGGAGGAUUAAUUAUUGGACGUCGGGUCGGUGAGAAGUCGAGGGUUUGACUGGGAUAUUUUGGUUUUUCGGAAAAGGUUUCUGAGCAAUUCCGAGUUCGAUAAACGUAUUGUUUCCUGAGUAAUUCGAAACGGGCUGGGAUUAGGAUGUUGUUUGUGUGUUCGUAGACUUACUUGUCUUCUAGGAAAACGAAAAGGUAGAUAUUGGUAUCGUCGGAGUAUACUUCUCUUUAGUGUUGUAAGUUUAUAUGCAAAACAAGGGGAAAGUAUGCUGCAUAGUACUGCUUUGUACUCAGCAACGGAACGGAUAUAUGCAUUAUAGGUAUGUAUGAAUGUUUCAGAAUUGCAACAGAUAAAACGUUCACAUAGAGCUCCGAGGAGUCCAGCUCGCCGACGCAUCCUAUCCUGCCGCACCCGCGAGUAUACUAGUUCAGUAGAUUUUUAGUUGGAUCAGAAUUCUGGCCUACUAAGACCAUCAUCAGUGUUGUUUCAGACCAGUUUUUGAAUGUGAACUUUUCCACAAUGAAAUUGUGUAGUUUUGUGCAGUUUCAGACAUUUGACAUAAAAGUGGAAACUGACACUAUUGACAGUGAGUGAUAAGUGAUGUAAAAUCCAAGAUGGGUCGGCAUUAAUGACCCAUCUUCGCCAAAAUGAUCUGGAGCGAAUACAACACCUGUUGUCAAUAAUAUUAACCAUUUAUUUGUAAGUUACAAGCCAAAAACUUACCGAUCGAUUUUUUACAAUACAAUCACGCAAUCACAGUGUAUGUCUGAGAACGUAACUUACGACUUACAUUUACGUUCGUUCUCAGAUCACGCCGAACAAGAAUAAAUAUUCGGGGAAUUCCCUAUUCCAUGAUGACAAUACGGAAAAAUAUCUGUCUAAAUCGUUAUCUACGAGAGAAUAAUACAAUUAUUAUAUAAUCUGUACCAGCAAUAUAAUAGCAUAUGUGAUGUGUGUAACUUUGUGAACUGGUAAAUGCACGUGAUUCGUGAUUUCAGUAUGCAAGCGAAAAAAUUUGCUGUUUUAUUAUUUUUAAUUUUUAACUUGUGUAGUUUUUUGUGUAGUUUAAUUAAUAGUGCAGUAAACAGAUGAAAUUGACCAUUGGGGUGCACCUGUGAAAUCAAUAUUUAAAUUGUGUAGCUUGGAACAACCCUGAGCAUCAUCUGCGUACAGAAGGCAUUGUGACUAGGACUGAGCCCUAUGGUACCUCUGCUUGAGGGGCGAAAUUAUCUACUUAGACCGUGAUUGUUUUGUCUGUGAGGCAGGAAUGAAUUGAGUUUGGUAUUGUUGGUUAGGGUUGGGCAAAAUAAUCUGUUAAUAGAUUCAUUUCUGUUUGAAAAAUCGAUAAACGAUUAUCUUUGAUUAAUUGAUUACUUUCUACUAAUCGAUUAUUUUCGAUUAACCGGUUAUUUUCUAUUAGUCAUUUUCAUUUAAGC